AUGAAGGCCCCUUACUUUAUCGCUUUUCUUGCCGCCGCCGUCUCGGCGCAGAAUGCUUUCAUUGGACUUCCUAAGAAAGACCAGGAGAUCACUGCAGGAGAGAAUCUAGUUGUUCAGGUUCAGCGCCCGAACUCUUUAACUGGUUCCGAGGAGAUGGGUGUCGCAAUUGGCGUGGCAUCCUGCCCCGAAAGACCCUGCAUGGCUCCGAAAGACACACUGGGCACUCUGCUCUAUAACGGGCCCUUCAAGCCCGAGUACCACGAUAGCUCGCCUCCUUAUCAGAACUUCACCGUGACGAUCCCAGACUCCAUAGCCAAGGGAGACGCACAGAUCAACGUCGCCCAUGUGGCAAUUGUCGGGGCGAGCGCAUGGCCAUAUUUAGACCUGCUCAAUCAGACUGUUGUUGUUGCUUAG